UAAGGUGAUUUAAUUACAACUACUUCCUGUUGACAUUGGCAACAGCAGCUACACUAAUACUAAUUUAAUAUCAUGGUUCUACAAGAAAAAGCAUAAACAAGCAAGGAAGAAUAUUAAACGACAUGGUUGCCAUCACUCGUCCUAAGUAUUUUACACCGAAAGAAGUUUCAGUACACAACACAACCGAUGAUUUGUGGGUGUCGUUUCUGGGUAAUGUUUACAAUUUGACACCGCUAUGUGAGAAGUACAAAGGAGAUGUUUUGCUAAAACCUAUUAUACAGUCAGCUGGAAAAGACAUUACUCACUGGUUUGAUAGCAAAACAAAAGAUAUCCGAACACACGUUGAUCCACAAACAAACUGUAUUAUUCCCUACUGUCCGAAUGGAAGGUUUGUACACAUACCACCAACAUGUCCAGACUCAAACUGGGCCAAUGACUUUGGUCGUCCAUGGUGGAAAGAUGAUGCUUACCUAGUUGGAAUCCUGUCACAGAAAACACGUCUUAUAAAAAUUACCAACACAUUAACUUCCAAGUCCCAAGUUAUUGAGGUGUGCUCUGAAGAAGUGAUGACAGAAAUUCAAGAGCGUUACAUGAAGUUUAAUGCACAUGCUGGGAGUUACACUUGGAAAUAUGAAGGAAAAAAUCUGGAUAUGAGCAAAACACUUACAGAGAAUGGAAUUGAUGAUGAAGAUGAAGAAUUUUAUGAAUUAAGUAUGAACGAUGAUACAUACCUUCAAGCCAUUCAGUUAUACUUCAAUGAUGAUCUAACAGAAGCAUAGUAGAUCUAUUUUUUGAUGUAGGUUAUGAUGGGUGUACAGUUUAGAAUUUUUAAUGUACAGCUGAUUAAGGUUAUAAGCAAGUUAUUUAUAAUGCUCACCAAGGGCUUAUUUAUUCUCUGCCAAAAUGUGGAAAGUUAUUAAAUUGACAUAAAACAUUAUUAUAACAGCUAAAAACAAAAAAAAUUAAUGAUACAUAUAUAAAUGAAUAUUGUUUAUUGGAUAAUAUAGUUUGAGUUUGCAUUUUUUCUCAAAAAGUGCUUUUUAAAAAAAGUAUUUAGUUUUUUAAGUAAUAAAAAACUGUGUACAUGUUUUAAGAUAAUUAAGCAUUAAAACUUUGCCAAAAUUUUAACUU